AUGGCCUCUCAGCAGCCGUGCCGGCCGAAGACGAAGCCCCCCGAGUGCCAAACGGAGUUGCCUCCGGAGCCGCCGCUGAAGCUGAAGGUGGUGGGGCUCUUCAAAAGCUCCAGCUUUCAGAUGUCGAAGACCAUCGCUGAGACUUUGAAAGCCAAUUACCCAUCCAGAUUCGAAGAUCCUGUGAUAAUUCCUCUUCAAGAAUUUGCUUGGGAUCGGUAUCUGGAGGAGAAAAAGAGGGAACUGAAGGGUGAAACCUGGGUCUAUUCCUCCUAUGUGAUAUGCUUUAUCAAUGACCAGCUCCUGGGUAACGCACUUGAUCUGAAGAAGUGGGCCCAGAAGGUGUGGGAUGUGGUCGAUAUCCGGCCCAGUGCACUGUACGAGGCGCUUACUCUGGACUAUGCCACGAAGUUCUUGAAGGACACCAAGCAUGAUUUUGUGUUCUUGGACAUUAGUAUUGAUCUUGCUCCAAUUGGAAGGCUGAUUUUUGAACUAUAUUGUGAUGCGUGCCCCAGAACAUGUACAAAUUUUCAGGUCUUGUGCACAGGAACAUCAGGGUUUUCUGAGAGAGGCAUAAAGCUUCACUACAAAGAUUCGAUUUUUCAUCGAGUAGUCAAGAACGGUUGGGUACAAGGAGGAGAUAUAGUAGAAGGACGAGGGGAUGACGGAGAGUCUAUUUAUGGACCAACGUUUGAAGAUGAAAACUUUUCGGUUCCUCAUAAUAAGCGGGGAGUUCUUGGAAUGGUCAACAAAGGGCAUCAUACCAAUGGUUCGCAAUUCUACAUCACACUGCAAGCAACUCCCUAUCUGGAUAAAAAAUACGUGGCUUUUGGGCUUCAUUCUAUCCUGUACAUGCCUCACCUGCAUGACGACAUCAUCCCACACUCUGGCACAUAUGUGAACAUACGUGAAGCAGUGAGUGGGUCUUGCAUAUCUUGGACCCUAUACUCAGCACACAGCAACUCAUUGAAGGAACCGAAGUUCUUAGACGUCUCGAAUUAGUCCCAACAGAGAACGAAAGACCGUUGGUCCUUUGCAGUAUCACAGACAGUGGGAUUCUUUAUACAUGAUUUUCACACCAGUCACCUUCUCCGUGGUGCUUUGUUGCUGUGCAUUUGGUCAGCUGUUCCUAUCUUUAAUUAAAUGGUGCUUGAUAAUAUUGGGAGGCAAUGGCAGACACAGCAGGCUGUGUCUAACACUUCAUCAUUGCCCCCUUUCCUCUCCCCCCCCCCCCAUCACACAGGCUACAAAAACAAAAUACUCAGUUUCCUGGGCUCCUUUACAACGGAGAGCCAUUUGAGAGCACCGUGGCUAAUGGGUCAGAGGGAAGCCAGCGAUCUGGCUCCCACUCCUUCUUGAAUACAGAUAGGCUGGAAGCCAGGGCCACUGCUGGGCUGUCAGCCUCAGCCUUACCACCUCCUAUUUCUGGUCUUUUUUACUACACAAGGCAGAAAGACCUCUCGGUUCUAUUCCCGGUGGCUCUUUUGUUACUCGUGGCUUUGAACAUUAUUAACCUAGCAAUGUACCAAGUGAUUUUUUAAAUCUAAAGCAUUUGUAAAUGAAUUGUCCUGUUUGUUACUAAUUGCUGUCAUGAUAAACUUGGUAACUCACUAACACAACAGCAGAAACAACUGAGCAUGAAGUUACCUUGCUGUGCCUAGCAUGCAGGGAGGACACGUGUAUUAGAUGUUGUAAAUAGAAUCUGUGUCUAUGAGCCAUGCCAACCAUAUGAACAGCAAGGGCUUGGGUUGGUCCUUGUGGUAGAUCCCAAUGGACAUUGCCAGAGCUCUGUUUUAUCAGUUGCCGCUCCCUCUGAAGGUCCCUGUGAUGGUUUGCAUAUGCUUGGUCCAGGGACUGGCACUAUUAGAAGGUGUGGCCUUGUUGGAGGAAGUGUGUCACUGUGGGGUGGGCUUGGAGACCCUCCUCCUAGCUGCCUGAGGAUGCUCAGUCUGCUCCUGGCUUCCUUCAGGUGAAGAUGUAGAACUCCCAGCUCCUCCUGCACCAGGCCUGCCUGGAUGCUGCCAUGCUCCUGCCUUGAUGAUAGUGGACUGAACCUCUGACCCUGUAAGCCAGCCCCAAUUAAAUGUUGUCCUUUGUAAGA